AUGAUCGCGACCCGUCUAAAUAUCAUUGUUUUGCAACAGUUUAUUAUGAUUUGUGGAACAGUUUUUAUUUGGUGGAAUUUAUCUCCAGCUAUUGAUAGUGUUUUGAGUGACUUGCCCUUGCAACUUCCAUGUAAAUAUUGGCGAACAAGCUGUGUUCAAAAUGGUUUAAAGUGGUUUGGCACAAAGAAGUUGCCCAGAUAUGACUAUGGAUUGCGUCCAUUCUCAUCUUCAUUAGAACCUGCAGGAAUACAUGGCAAAGCAGAUUUUGGUGAUUCCUCCAGUCCACGAAACUUGCUAUUGCUGGUUGCACAUGAGCUUUUAAAUCGCCUUUUCGCUGUUGUAUUGGCAGUUGUUUUCGUUUUAGCAGGGCUUUGGGUUGCUUUAUUACCACCCGUUGUACGCCGUGUUACAAUCGAAAUCGAAAACUUGCCAAAGGCACAAAAAGGCUUUACAAUAGCUCUUUUGUCUGAUCUCCAUAUUGGACCAACUGUUGGGUGCUCAAGAAUCCAGAAAAUGGUAGAUACCAUAAAUCCCCUGAAACCGGAUAUGAUAGCUAUAUCUGGCGAUCUUGCCGAUGGUCUUGUGCGCAAUCUAGAAAAAGCUGCUUAUCCUUUAAUGAAUCUAACUUCAAAAUAUGGCAUAUAUUUUGCCACAGGCAACCAUGAAUAUCUUCAUGGAAAUGUUGACGAAUGGUUUGUGUUUUUAAAGAAAAUCGAAAUCGUACCUCUUCAUAACAAAAAUGAGAAGAUUUUGAUUGGAAAUUCCAGAAUUUGCAUUGCUGGAGCCGAUGAUUUGUUUGCGGAACAUUCGAGACUUGCUGGGCAUGUAAUGGAUUACAAAAAAGCGUUACGAGGAUGCAGUAAAAAUGACACAACAAUUAUGCUUAUUCACCAACCUAAUGCUGUUCGCAUAAUACUGAAUGACAUUGAAGUCGCCAAAAACAUUGAUCUUAUUCUGUCAGGUCACACACAUGCCGGACAAAUGUAUGUAUUCGUACCGCUGGUGUAUUUUUGGAACGCCUAUUUCCGUGGACUUUAUUAUAAUAAGGUUACACGAACAUAUAUUUAUGUUUCAGCAGGUAUCAAUUAUUUUGGCCCGCCAGUUAAAAUUUUUGACGGGAGUGAAAUAAUUCUUAUCAAGUUAGUGUAG